AUGAAGUUCGCAAAGGGCAGACGGUUUCCUGCCUCUGCUUCUGCCUCUGCCUCCUCUGCCUCCCGAUCCGACUUUGCUAUCUCGACACGCCACCCACCCCGACAAGAUGAUGCAAUGCCAGACGACAGCCGCAACCUCGGCGACGAACCAAGACACCGAGAGACAGAGAAGCCGCCCAUCGCAGGGACCGAGAUAUUAUACGCAGCCCGCCUCCAACAGGCCGUGACCGAAGUCACCGCAACAACAGACCUCGCGAGCGCCCUCGCAGCCCUCCAAGGCCUCGCAAUUCCGCUCAUCCAUAUCCUCGCGAAUCUAGGGAUUCUAGCAGAGACCGUGCCCAUCGUCCUGGUGAUUUGUUCCCUCGACACAAGCAGCAAGGCCCUCGAGGCACCUCUUGGGGUCGCGAGGCUGCACAUCCCACCGAUCCACACCAGCCGCCCCCUCACCAAUCCAGGGUUCCUCACACCGACGAGUUUGGCCGACAACCAUCACGACCACGAUCACCACCACCGGCUGAGCGACUGA